UAAAUUAACAAAAAAGCAAUAAAUUGAUACUUGAACAAAACUGAAUUGUUAUGGAAAUGGGUAGGGAAAUGGAAGAGAUAGUAAGAGAUUUGAGGGAAUACUUCAAGACUGAAAAAACCAAAAGUGUAACAUGGAGGAAAAACCAGCUCACAGGUAUCUUAGACCUUAUUCAUGAAAACGAAGAUGCUAUAUUCAAAGCCCUUCAUCUAGAUCUUGGAAAGCACCCUGCUGAGGCUUACCGUGAUGAGGUUGGAGGGGUAGAAAAAUCAGCCAACAAAUCUUUGAGCUGUGUUCAGAAAUGGAUGGCUCCUAAAAAGAGUGACAUCCCUUUGCUUUUCUUUCCAGCUAAAGGAGAAGUGUUCUCAGAACCCCUGGGUGUGGUUCUCAUAUUUUCUUCAUGGAACUUCCCAAUCAUGCUGUCAUUGGAUCCAUUAAUUGGGGCAAUAUCUGCUGGAAAUGUUGUAGUGAUAAAACCUUCAGAGCAAGCUCCAGCUUGCUCUGAGUUCCUUGCCAAUACCAUUCCUCAGUACUUGGACUCUAAUGCCAUCAAGGUCAUUGAGGGUGGAUCAACUGUUUGUGAACAACUACUGCAGCAAAAAUGGGACAAAAUCUUCUUCACUGGAAGUCCAAGUGUGGGAAGCAUGGUCAUGUCUGCUGCUGCAAAGAAUUUAACUCCUGUUACUCUAGAGUUGGGUGGAAAAUGCCCUGCCAUACUUGAUUCGCUUCCCAAUCCUUCAGAAUUUAAGUUGGCAGUGAAAAGAAUUAUAGGAGGAAAGUGGGGACCUUGCAGUGGACAAGCUUGCAUAGGAAUAGACUAUUUGCUCGUUGAGGAGAACUUAUCAUAUUCUCUGAUAGAGCUAUUAAAGAAGAUAAUCAGAAGAUUUUAUGGUGAAAACCCGGCGGAGUCAAAAGUAAUUUCCAGAAUAGUAAACAAGCACCACUUUGAGAGAAUACGCAAUCUUCUCAAAGAACCUCUUGUCGCUGCUUCCAUCGUUCAUGGUGGUUUGAUCGAUGAAGAAAACCUGUUCAUCGAGCCUACAAUCUUGCUAGAUCCUCCACUAGAUUCUCAGAUAAUGACAGAAGAAAUAUUUGGUCCACUGCUUCCUAUAAUCACACUGAAUAAAAUUCAAGAAAGCAUUGAAUUUAUCAAUGCAAAACCGAAACCUCUUGCCAUUUAUGCCUUCACCAAAGAUGAAACUUUCAAGAGAAAAAUUGUAUCAGAAACAUCCUCAGGAAGUGUCAUAUUUAAUGACACCUUGGUUCAAUUUUUAUGUGAUACAUUACCAUUUGGAGGUGUUGGGCAGAGUGGUUUUGGAAGGUACCAUGGGAAGUACUCUUUUGACACUUUCAGCCAUGAAAAAGCAGUGAUGCACAGAAAGCUGUUCCUUGAAAUUGAACCAAGGUACCCUCCUUGGAGUCGGUUCAAGCUAGAGUUUCUGAAACUCGCAUACAGGCUCAACUACUUUGGACUAUUACUGCACAUGUUGGCUUUCAAACUCGGCUUAAAAAAAUACAACUAGAUCAAUACAACCUCAACUUCCUCAUGUUGUGAACAUCAACUUCGUGUUGUAAUAAGCGAACCUCUGUGUCUCUUGUUUUCUUGCUUGUCAUAGAAUGUUUCUACUUCCAACGUCUCAGAUUUUGAAAA